CCAAACGACAAGAGAGCACAGAGCAGUUUGUGAAAUUCUCAGUAGCGAGGAAGUAAUUACUGAGACAAUGGCGACUCCCUUGUCUUCCAUCUCAUCAAUCAGUUUUUUAUUUUAUGCUUUGAUAGUUCUUGUGUGCCCUUGUUGCUCUUUGCAGAAAUCUUUACAUACCCACAAUUUUAAACUCACUUCUCUUUUAGCCUCUAAUGUCUGCAACCGAUCUUCUAAAGUUCAUAAGCAAGGUUCAUCCUUAGAAAUAGUGCACAAAGACGGUCCAUGCAAUGAAAAGAUGAAGGAUGAUUUCAAAACAGAAAUAUCUGCCUCUCAUUACCAGGAAAUGCUUCUUCAAGACCAGUUACGAGUGGAUACAAUUCAUGCUAGGUUUACCAGAAGAAACAACUCCGGCCCGUUUGACGAGAUGCAGGCUAAACUACCGCUUCAGUCCGGUGUUGCAAUCGGCACCGGAAAUUACUUUGUCACUGUGUCCCUUGGAACGCCACAAAAGGAUCUCUCUCUCAUUUUCGAUACUGGUAGUGACAUUACUUGGACUCAAUGCGAGCCAUGUGUUGUCUCUUGCUAUCAACAAGGACAGCCAAUUUUUGAGCCAAGGAAGUCUUCCUCGUACGCGAAUGUUUCCUGUUCUUCAUCGUAUUGUAAUUUAAUCACUGAGUCUGGUGGCAAAAAGGGCUGCUCUUCCUCAACCUGUCUGUACAAAGUCGUAUAUGGCGAUGGAACUUACUCUGUUGGAUUUUUUGCCACCGAAAAACUAACCGUUACAAAAUCAGACACGUUCAACAAGUACGUGUUUGGUUGCGGUCAAAGCAACGCUGGCCGCCUGGGUCGAGCAGCUGGUUUGCUUGGACUUGGCCGGAGCCAAUUAUCUUUUGCAUUCCAAACUGCUAAGAAAUAUAAAAAGCUCUUCUCUUACUGCAUACCACCUACCUCGAGCUCGACCGGUCACCUCAGUUUCGGGGGCAAUAUAGGAAAGACAGUGAAGUUCACUCCAAUGUCCCCAGAUUUUCAAAGCACGCCUUAUUAUGGCAUCGACAUCACUGGAAUAAGCGUCGGUGGAGACAAACUAGCCGUUUCUGCUUCAGUUUAUCAAACGGCCGGAGCUAUCAUUGACUCCGGAACAGUAAUUACUCGAUUGCCGCCAACAGUAUACUCUGCACUGAGCUCCAAGUUUCAAGAAAUGAUGACAGAAUAUCCGAUGACCGACGGAUUUUCCAUUUUGGACACGUGUUAUGACUUUAGCGAUUUUGACACGGUAACAGUACCGAAGAUCAGUGUUUUCUUUAAAGGAGGAGUAGAGGUGGAUAUAUAUGUGACGGGGAUUUUAAUCGUGGUGGACGGGAUUGAGAAGGUGUGUCUAGCUUUUGCACCCAAUCAGAAAGACAGUGAGUUCGCCAUAUUUGGAAAUACUCAGCAACAGACGUAUGAGGUUGUACAUGAUCUUGCAAAGGAAAGAGUUGGGUUUGCUCCAGCUGCUUGUAGCUAAUUAGCUUGAUAACAAUAUAUGGUGAUUACAAGUACUUAAAUUUACCAGGAGAGUUUAAAUAUAAUGGAGUAAUUAGACAAUAUAGUAGGUAAUUAAGAGUGUGGAGCUGCAUAAGAAAAUAAGUUUGUAAGAUGUGGAGAAAUGAUAAUCCCACAUGUAAUUGAAGACAAUUGCAGAAAAUAAGUAUGAAUCAAACUUGAAAAUUAUCCCAAA